CUGAAUUUCUUUGCAGUUAAGUAAUGAGGGUUUAAUUAAAAUUAUACCAAUUGGCAUUUGUUCAGUUUGAAUCAAUCCAUUGUCAGUUCAACAUCGUAUUAAUUAACCAGCUUAUAGGAGGCCAUAAUGGAAGAAGAAGAGCAAGGUGACUCUGGAGAUCCAGAAUUCAUUAAAAGACAAGAACAAAAACGUUCUGAGCUAGACGAACAGCUUCGAGAAUACAUUGCAGAAUGGAGACUCAUCAGAGUAAAAGAACAUUUGGAACUCAAAAAGUUAAAAGAGAAACAAGCGAAACGUAAAGUUGCUCGAGCAGAUGAAGAGAAAGCUGCUGCCGAACGGAAAAAGCAAGAAGAAGAACGCAGAGUCAAGGAAAUUGAAGAAAAAAAAAUCCGAGAAGCGGAACAGAAGAAACAGAGGCUUAUCGAUGCGGAGAAAAAGCGGCAGGCCAUGAUGGCCGCUCUAAAAGAGCAGCACAAAAACAAAACUAUGAAUUUUGUUGUUAGGAAGAAGGCUUUAGCUGCUAGUUUAACCGAUGCAGAACUAGAAAGAACUAAAACGAAGGAGCAACUCGAAGAAGAAAAGAAAAUUGCACUAUCAAUCAGAAUCAAACCCUUAGUCCUUGAUGGUCUGUCCAUGGACCAACUAAAAGAAAAAGCAACUGAAUUAUGGGAUGCUAUUGUAAAAUUGGAAACAGAAAAGUAUGAUCUGGAAGAACGGAUGAAACGGCAGGAAUAUGAUUUAAAAGAACUAAAAGAAAGACAACGUCAACAGCUAAGACAUAGGGCCUUAAAGAAAGGGCUGGAUCCUGAAGCAUUAACUGGUCCCCACCCUCCAAAAAUCCAAUUAGCUUCCAAAUAUGAGCGCAGGGUUGACAUAAGAUCCUUUGAUGAAAGACAAAAGCUUUUCCAAGGGGGAUUUGACUCAUUAUAUCUUGAACAAAUGGAAAAAGGGUGGAAUGAUAAAAUGCACGAAUUCAUGGAAAGACCUAGAAAGAGGUUGCCAAGGUGGUUUGGAGAAAGACCAGGAAAGAAACCAGGUGAUCCUGAUACUCCUGAAGGUGAGGAAGAAUUGGCUAAAGCAGAUGACAUAGAAGUAGAGGACACUAUUAUUCCUGAGAAACCUAAGGAGGAAAUUGAGGAGGAGGACUUAGAAGAAGAAGAAGUAGAAGUUGAUGAAGAGGAGGAGGAUGAUGAUGACGAAGAAGAUGAAGAAUGAUCAAUAUAACGUUGUACAUUUUUAUUAAGUGGGCAAAAAGAAAUUUUUUGUAAAUAUGUAAAAUUUUAUUGGCUAUUUUGUUUUGAUGUUGAAAUUAUAGAGUAAUGGACUGUUUGAGACUUAAAUAA